AAAAAAAAAAAAAAAAAAAAAAAAAAAAAAAAAAAAGAAGAAAGUCUAGCUUAAGCUGAUACGUAGCCUCUUUCCCGCGGUUUUUCUUUUAAUUGCUGGUCCAUUAAAAGCAACUGAGAAAUUAAUAAUCAAAAAGUCAAAUUUCAGUGUUCUCUUUUGGUGAGUACUCUAAUCUCUCCUGUCCUGUUCUUCAUCAUCCAUGCGGUUUCUGAUUGUUCCUCGUAGAACCUACUGCGCAAGUUUAUUUGCAGUAUCCUCCAAUUCCCAGAUUUCACAUUUCGCCCGUAUUGGCCAAAUUGGCAGAGCUCGAAGAAUAUUUGAUGAAUUGCCAAACAAAAGCAUUAUUUCCUGGAAUGCAAUUGUUGCUGGCUACUUCCAAAACAAGCAGCCUUGUGAGGCCCAGAGUUUGUUUGAUAAAAUGCCUGAAAGAAACACGGUUUCUUGGAAUGGAUUGAUUUCUGGGUAUAUUAAGAAUGGAAUGAUUAAUGAGGCGAGGAAAGUGUUUGAUAGUAUGCCAGAGAGAAAUGUAAUUUCGUGGACUGCCAUGGUCAGGGGUUACGUGCAAGAGGGAAUGAUAAACGAAGCAGAAUCACUCUUUUGGGCAAUGCCUGAGAAGAAUGUGAUUUCUUGGACAGUGAUGUUAGGUGGUUUGGUUGAAGAUGGACGUGUCAGUGAAGCCCGAAGCCUUUUUGAUAUGAUGCCGGAGAAAGAUGUUGUUGCUAGGACUAAUAUGAUUGGAGGGUUGUGCACGGAUGGAAGAUUAAGUGAAGCAAGAGAAAUUUUUGACGAGAUGCCAAAAAGGAAUGUCGUUGCUUGGACUACUAUGAUUAGUGGGUAUGCAACGAAUAACAGGGUGGAUGUAGCUAGGAAGUUGUUUGAAGUAAUGCCGGAUAAGAAUGAGGUGACAUGGACAGCAAUGUUGAUGGGAUAUACUCGGAGUGGGAGGAUUGAGGAAGCUGCUGAACUUUUUGAGGCAAUGCCUGUGAAGCCGAUUGCUGCAUGUAAUGAGAUGAUUAUGGGAUUUGGACGGAAUGGGGAGGUAGGAAGAGCAAGAUGGGUAUUUGAUCAAAUGAGGGAGAAGGAUGAUGGGACAUGGAAUGCCAUGAUCAAGGUUUAUGAGAGAAAAGGAUUUGAAUUGGAAGCCCUUGACUUGUUUCGUUUGAUGCAAAGAGUAGGAGUGAGGCCAACUUUCCCAUCUAUGAUAAGCAUUCUUUCUGUCUGUGGUAGCUUGGCAAGUCUUGACCAUGGUAGACAGAUUCAUGCACAGUUGUUAAGAUCCCAGUUUGAUUCUGAUGUGUAUGUUUCCUCUGUUUUGAUAACGAUGUACAUUAAAUGUGGUGAUCUUGUGAAGGCAAAAAUGUUGUUUGAUAGGUUUACUAUGAAGGAUACAGUUAUGUGGAAUUCGAUUAUUACAGGCUAUGCACAGCAUGGUUUUGGAAAUGAAAGUUUACAAGUUUUUAAUGAGAUGAUCUCUUCAGGCAUUGCACCUGAUGAGAUUACCUUUAUUGGAGUUCUGACAGCAUGUAGUUACAGUGGGAAAGUUACAGAAGGUGUUGAAAUUUUUGAGUCAAUGAAAUCUAGAUAUCUAGUGGAUCCAAGAACUGAGCAUUAUGCUUGCACGGUGGAUCUACUUGGUCGAGCAGGAAGGCUAAAUGAGGCAAUGAGUUUAAUUGAAAGGAUGCCUAUGGAACCAGAUGCUAUUGUGUGGGGGGCUUUAUUAGGAGGAUGCAGAACCCACAUGAAGUUAGAUUUGGCUGAAGUUGCUGCAAAGAAGCUUCUGGAGCUUGAGCCAGAAAAUGCAGGGCCUCACAUCUUGCUAUCAAAUAUCUAUGCAUCCCAAGGAAGAUGGGGGAACGUUGCCGCAACGAGGAAAUCCAUGAGAGCAAAGAAUUUAAGCAAAUCACCUGGUUGUAGCUGGAUUGAAGUAGAAAAGAAAGUGCAUAUGUUUACUGGGGGAGAUAGCACAAGCCAUCCUGAGCAUGCAAUGAUAUUGAAAAUGUUAGAGAAAUUAGGUACAUUAUUAAGAGAAAUUGGAUAUUGUCCUGAUGGUAGCUUUGUGCUACAUGAUGUGGAUGAGGAAGAGAAGGUUCAUAGCUUACGUUAUCACAGUGAGAAAUUAGCCGUUGCAUAUGGCCUUUUGAAGCUGCCUGAAGGGAUGCCUAUUCGGGUCAUGAAAAACCUUCGCGUUUGUGGGGAUUGUCAUUCCGCAAUUAAGUUGAUAGCUAAAGUGACGAGAAGGGAGAUUAUUUUGAGAGAUGCUAAUAGAUUCCAUCAUUUUAAGGAUGGCUUGUGUUCAUGCAGGGAUUACUGGUGACUGGCAAUCACAGGGAUUUUGGGCAAAAUGUUAACGAGGCAGCAGAAUCCUGAAUAGCUAGCAGCAUUCAAUCAGAAUCUGGAAAAGCAAUCCUCAUGUUCAUACUUCAUACAUGCCUUUACUGCUGGAAAGAGGGAAAGUUGUCUAAGCUCAAGCAGAAGCAAAACAGUUAGUCUUUUUAUCAGAUUUCUCGUAUGAUGAUUCAUCCAAUGUCAGGAAGCUGAGACUAUGAGUUGAAGAGUUAAUAGAACUUGAUAAAUCCGAAGUUUAUAGUCUGUUUUCCCAUAUGUAUUGAAGAAUCCAAAAGAAACAGAAAUUCAUUAGAUGUAAAAUAACCUCUUACCUUGAAAAGGAAAUUAAAUCACAAUCACAUGGAAAUUGAUUU